ACAGUUAUCUAAGAAAGAUAACGACAUGUAAUAAAAAUCAACACUUUAUAUCAUUUGUAAUCCAACUAUGGAUUCUCCAGUUGUUACCGUAUCAGAAGGUAGAUUGAGAGGGUGUCAAAGUGAUAAUCUAGAUGGUGAAAAAUUUUAUUCUUUUCUUGGUAUUCCGUACGCCCAGCCACCUAUUGGAGAACUUAGAUUCAAGGCUCCGGAAGUUGUUAAAGCAUGGAACGAUAUAAAGGAUGCAACUAGGAAUCCAAAUCAAUGUAUUCAAAGAAAUGAUGUUACUAAUAUCAUCGAAGGCUCAGAAGAUUGUUUAUACUUGAAUGUCUAUACGAAGUCAUUGCCUUCAGAUAACUCUGAUCUCAAACCUGUUAUGGUAUGGAUACAUGGUGGGGGUUUUAUCAUGGGAAGCAAUAAUACUAAACUCUACGGUCCCGAGCACCUUAUGAUUGAAGAUAUAGUUCUAGUUUGUGUUAACUUCCGCUUGGGUUUCCUAGGACACUUAUUUUUCAAUGACACGUCUUUGAAUAUUUAUGGAAAUGCAGGACUCAAAGACCAACAAUUGGCACUUGAAUGGAUACAAAGAAAUAUUAAGAAUUUUAACGGCGAUCCUGAUAAUGUAACUAUUUUUGGCGAAAGUUCUGGUAGCGCUAGUGUUCAUUAUCAUAUCACGUCUUCUAGAGCUAGAGGACUUUUUCAUAAAGCUAUAUUGCAAAGUGGUUGUUCAUUUUGUCCUUGGGCUAGGGUGGAUGAGAAGAAAUAUCAUAAUUUUGCUGUUGAACUUGCUCAAAUAAUGAACAAUAAUGUUAAAACAGAAGAAGAAGCGUUGGAAGUCUUGAUGAAACUUUCCGCCGAAGAUUUAUAUCUCAGCCAAGAGAAGUUCAUUCUAAAAUAUGGAAGAAUUGGUAAAAUUUGCCCGAAUAUAGAAAAACCAAACCCGACCGCAAUAAUACCGAAUUCGCCUGAUGAAUUGAUUGUUUCUGGUAAAUACAAUCAGGUACCUAUGUUAAUAGGAUUCACAAAUUCAGAAGGUUUAUUAUAUGAAAUUUACCAACAAAAAGAACUGCGAAAGGGAUUAACACCAAUAAAUUAUUUUGGAGUAGAAAAUUGUAUACAUCCACAUCUACAUCUUACGGAAACUGAUCCGAAAAGACAAGUUAUUAUUGAUAAAUUGAAAAAAACUUAUUUUGAUAAAGCAAAUAUUAAUAAGUAUAUGUUAACUACAGAUUAUUACUAUAUCGCCCCGAUAAUGGGUGCAGCCAAAUUGCAUGCUAAAACUUCGCCUGAACCUGUCUAUUUAUUCAACAUAUCUCUAGAUGCUGGACUUAACUACUGCAAAAGAUUGAAUAAUUUAACGCAUUUAGCAGGUACUUGCCAUGCUGACGAGCUAGGAUAUCUUUUCAACAUAUCCUCUGCAGAUGACUACCUCCAGAAAGGACCAACUGAAAUUUUAGCAGUAAGACGUCUGGUUAAAUUAUGGACUAAUUUUGCAAAAUAUGUUAACCCAACACCUGAAGGAAACGAUCUAAAUGUUACGUGGAAACCAAUCGAUGAAGAAAAUCUAUAUUUUCUAGAUAUAGGAGAGGAGCUUGCUUUAGAUAAUAACCCGGUACCAGAAAGGAUGAAAAUUUGGAAAGAAAUAUUCCAAUUGAGCCCCGAUACAAAAUAUUAUUUACAAUAGUUUAUUUUUAAAUGAUUAUAAUCACUUUUAUCAUCAAUAAAAACUGUUUCUAUCCAUGA